AUGUCUUGGCAACCUGCUUUUACAACUAAAAUAGAAGAUCCGGUUUCUAUUGCUAAUUUAUUAAAACCUAAGCAAACAACUCCUAAUCCCCCUUCUAAGCCUAUUACUAUUUCUAUUGUUGGUGCUGGACAAAGAGGAUCAGUUUACGCACGCUACACUAAAAUUGAGCCGCAAUGGGCCAAAGUAGUUGCUGUUGCCGAACCCGUAGAACAUCGAAGAAGAAUGAUGGCUGAGUUAUAUAAUAUCCCUGAAGAAAACGUAUUUACAGAUUGGGAAGAAAUGAUUAAACGUCCAAAAUUAAGUGACGCCGUCAUAAUCGCAACCUUUGAUAAUCUUCAUAUUAAACCAGCAAUUGAAUUUGCAAACAAGAAAUAUAACAUCCUCCUUGAAAAGCCAAUGGCAGAUACUAUUAAAAGUUGUAAGGAGAUUACCAAUACUGUUUUAGAGAAUAAGAUCGUUUGUGCUGUGGGACAUGUUUUAAGAUAUACACCACAUAAUACUCUUAUUAAAUCAAUUAUUGAUGGCGGUUACCUUGGGAAUAUUGUAAACAUUCAGCAUGUGGAGCCUGUUGGAGAAUGGCACUUUGCCCACUCAAAAAUUAGUUCAUUUGGAAGUUUAAUGCAUUUUAAUUCAAAAAAUAAACCAAAGGAGGCUGGUGACGCAAAAAAUUGUUUUGACUGUAAAGUGGAACCAACAUGCCCUUACUCUGCAAAAAAAAUCUAUAUUGAUAAUUGUUUUAACAAAGGAGUAGUAUCUUGGCCUGUCAAUGUUAUAACAGAUGUUGUGGUCAAUAUGCAAUUUAGUAAUGGCGCAACAGCAAAUAUCACUAUGAUUGCAUACACUGAAGCCAUUUGUGAAAGAAAGUGCAAUGGCGUUAAUGAAAUCAAAUACUAUAACUUUUUAACAAGAAAAAAAGAAAUAUUAACACCAACUGAAAUUCUUGGUGUUAACGAUUUAAGUGGUCAUGCUGGUGGUGAUAUGGCUCUAAUGCGGUCUUUUAUAUAUAAUGUUAACGAAUUUAAAGAAUCAUUAAAAAAUGCUCCAAAUGAGCAAAGCAAUAUACAUUUAACAACUGGUAUUAAACAAACCUUUG